AGCCCCGGCUCCAAGCCCCCCAGGCGCCUCCGCUCUGUGCUCUCUCCGUCCACGAGCCACAUGCAACCCUCAUCUCCCGGAUCGCCGAGGUCAAAGGCAGAUCGCCUGCUGGCUGCUGGAGACGCUGCGGCCGCUCGCCGCGAGCGAGAUCCCUCAGGCCCAGAGUCCCAGACCCACUCGCGCAAGUCCUCCAAGACUCCCACAAAAAAAUCCGCCGACAAUACACCUCGCUCCAGCCGCUCGCCCCGGACCAAGAAGCACCAGCGAUCGCCCUCCGAGGACGAAGACCUCCAGUGGGCUUCGAACCUCUCGGCCUCCUUCGCCCCGACAGCGGGUGCGCAGGCCGAUCCUGGAAGCGACGCCAAUGACGAUCGCGGUCCAAGCCAAAAGGAUCCCGAGCCCGCUCGUCCAGAGCUCAGCCAUCCCGCUCGCCGUCUGGCUGCUGCCCUGGCCGACAGCGGCUUCGAUGAGUCCCAGCUCAGCGCCAUCCUCGAGGGCUCUGGCCUGAUGAAUUCGGAGCUUGCUUCGAUGUUGGAGGUUUUGAAGCGCCGCCCGAACCCGACCAUGAUCAUCGGGACUCUGCAGGAGCUCGCUGAGAUGCUCAGCAUGGCCACUGGUAAGCGUCGUGGAGCGCUGCGCUCGAGUGACUGGUUUCCUGUCGAUCGGCAACGUCCCGAGAUUGGACUGCAGCUUGACUUUGGUGCUGGUAACAGCGUACCCGAUCUCAUCUUGCUGACCUGCCGUUGUCUCAGCAACCUCAUCGAGGCCCUUCCCUCGAGUACCAUCCACAUCCUGCAUCACGGCGGCGUCAAGAUCCUGGUCAGCAAGCUCAUGGAAGUCGAGUUUAUCGAUCUGGCUGAGCAAGUCCUCAGCGUACUGGAAAAAGUCAGCGUCGACUACCCGAGCCCGAUCAUCCAGGCCAACGGACUCUGUGCCGUGCUGCAGUACAUUGAUUUCUUCAACAUCCAUGUGCAGCGGACAGCUGUCACGAUCGCAGCCAACGCCUGCCGCGAGCCCUCGACCCCCGACCAAAUCUACAGCAUGAUUCGCGACGUCAUGCCCAUCGUCGAGCGCCUUCUCGCCUACAGCGACCACAAGCUCGUCGAACAAGUUGCCAAGAUGCUUGGCCGGAUCGUUGACUGGUGCUGGAGACAGGGAGACAAGCUCGAAGGCUUGGUCUCCUCGACCCUGCUCAAAGUGCUUGUUGACCUUGUCAUCUCCAUGGCGGCUUCUGAGCACUCCAACUCGACCGUGAUCACGCAGUUGCUCAAGAUCAUGUCCACCAUCGCCAAAGGAAGCCCACGACUUGGCAUGGAGCUGUUGUCGACCCACCCGGCAGUGCCGAUGAUUGAAAUUCUUCUUGUUGGUGAUGGGACGCGAGCCAACGGUGUCCCGAUCCAGGAAUCGGAGAAGCUCGCCUCGAACGUCAUGAAGACUGUCAUCGGUAGACCUGUCGAGCAGCUACUCCAGCUCCUGGUCCUCGCCUCCGAUCUGCUGCCCAAUCUGCCCUCCGAUGGCUUGUUUCAGAUGAGCGCGUCGGCUCGCUCAGAAGGCGAGGCAGAAGAGUCUGCUCUUUUGCCGAUCCUGGCCGAUAGCUCAACUCCCAAAAGGCUCGUGGGGGCCGCUUCCAUUGGAGCCGACCAACAGCGCCGCCUGCUCCUGCAAGAACAGCCCUUGGUGCUCGAGCCGUAUCUCUCCGGGCUCGUUCCGGUGCUUAUGGAGGUUUUCGGCGCCACCAUGAACGCAGGACUCCGGCGCCACGCUGUCGAAUGCAUCGUCAAAAGCGUCUGGUUCACCAAUCCUGCACGCCUCGGCGCUCUGCUCAUCAAGAUCCCAGGAUUUGGCAAGUUUGUCAGUGAGCUCAUCGGCCUCAAGGAGCACGCACGUGACGCUCUUUUGCUGGUGGUCUCAGGCGUCCAAAUCAUGGAGAUUGUGUCGCUUCGGGGCGCCAAGAGCUUCGAGGCGCUUUUUAUUCGCGAGGGCGCCGUCAUCGAGAUUGAGAAGCUGCUGUCGCUUGCCCGUACGGCCCGAGACCGCGCACACAAGCUGACCGUGAGAACUGGCGACGACCACCCUUCCCGCACCACCAGUCUUCCGUCUGUGGAACCGACUGAGGUGCCACUCUUCAAACGAGAAGCCGUUGCCUCGUUUAGCGGCGAACGCUACACCGAGCUCGACACAUGGGGCUGGAUCAUCGAGAGAUGCCAGGGCCUGAUCAAGGCACAGAUCAAGGACCGGCCACAUGAUGUCGCCAACGGAGGCAGUAAUUCUGUGCUUGCUCAGGUCCGCGCGAUUGCCGAAAUCCUGUCGGGUAGCGCCAGAAUCUCGAGUGACAAGAGCCCCGCUACUCUCGAGGGCUAUCUGCAAACGCUCUGCUCUCUGGCUCAGCUUAUUGUCGGCGGAGGCCCCUCUUCGGAGGGCAUCGUUGGUUUGACAGCCUUCGAGAUCCUGGAGAGCGGUGUCCUCGAUGCCCUUUCAAACUUUAUGACCUGCCCUGGCCCCGGAGACCUGAUCCCUGCCUCUCUACCCGAUGCUUCUCUGGCAUACAGCGUGCCGCUACGUGAGCGGUUCCGCGGAUUCCUCCAUGUGUUCAUGAAUGGACCGGCACCCGGACGGGUGCUCGACAACUACCACGUGCCGCAGUCUUUUGCUCUGUUGGUCAAGCGUCUGCAAGAGACACUGGGGCGCACCGAAAAGUUUGAGCUGGCACUUGCGGACAUGGAGUCAGUACAGCAGCAUCAGAGCGGCUCCAAUCCCGGCGCUCAGUUGAAUCGACAGAUCCGGAUCAGACUCUCUCCAAAGGAAGAUCAUCCGCGAUCCAAGGACCUUGCCUCGAUCGUCGUUAGCGUCCAUGCCGUGGCGACGUUCAGGACGAUUGAGGAGUAUCUGCUUACACGCGUGCUGGUCCAAGAAGACAGUAUGGAUCUGGGUGUCGUUGGUUCAAGGCUUGCGCGCCGACUCCAAGACGCCGCUGGGCUUCCCCGACAGCUGUCUGGCCAGCCCUCGAUAAAUCCGAGUGCCAAAGCUGGCACGGCUGCUCCCGAGCGAGUCUCAGGAGCCUUGGAGACAACCUCAGCCAAGACCAAAGGGCUGCUGCAGACCGAAAUGGCAUCGGAAGAAGACAGCGAAAUGGAUCAGAGUUUCCGAGAGUACGCCGAACGAAUGCUGAUCGAUGGAGAGGACGAAGAUGACGAGGAUGAAGAUGAAAACGGAUUUGGGGACGACGACGACGACGAGGAGGAGGAGGAGGACGAAGUCGACGCCAGUGGGCUCUUUGGACGCGAGGUACAUAAGCAGCCCAUCAUGGCCCGAGAAGAGAAGCCGUCGAUCGUCUCGACAUCAGCUACUAGCGACUCGCGAUACUCGUCUUUAUCUGUCAGCGUGUCUCCACCCAAGGGCAAAUCGGGACCGGAGCCUCGGGCUCCGGCCACGAGCUCGACAGUGGUGCAGAAGCCUGGUCUGGAAUUCAGCCUCGGCGAACAAGUCCUCAGCAACGACUCGACUGUCUUUGGCGCACUAUAUUCGUACGAGUCCAAGAGACGCUCUGGCGAUGGCGUCCCGGCGACCCCCAUCAACGUCUGGAGCCAAACCUACACAAUCGAAUACACAAGAGUAUCCCGCGGAGAGCCUGCUCGGCCAAGUAUCUCGCAUGGAUCGCAGAUGUCGAUCAAGCUGCCGUUCCACACGGAAGUACCAGAGAGCAUCGCUGCCCUUGAUAUUCCAAGCCGAAUUCUGAAGCUGAUGCGCAUUUUGCACGGCCUCAACACACGGUGGGAAGAAGUUUAUGAAAAGGAUGCCGAGGCGAUGGCCAUCCAUACGCUGCCAGCAAGCGCCUUCAUAAGCAACAAGCUUGCCGCCAAGGUCAACCGGCAACUCGACGAACCGCUGAUCGUGGCCUCCAAGGUGCUGCCCAGCUGGUGUGAGUCGAUGGUGCGCGACUUUGGUUUCUUGUUUCCCUUCAAGACGCGGCUGGUCUUUUUGCAGAGCACAUCGUUUGGACAUCCUCGAUGUCUGAGCCGCUGGCAGCCCUCCCAAGGCAGCGCAGCCUCGGCCGGGCUUGGCUCACGUGCAGGACACAGCGAAGCCCCCGCCUUUGGCAGGGUCCCGAAGCAAAAGGUCCGCCUGGCCCGUGUGCGCCUUGUGGAGUCCAUGAUGAAGGUCAUGGAGCUAUACGGCACGGAUCAGUCGUUGCUGGAGAUUGAGUUCUUUGACGAAGUUGGCACAGGACUGGGACCAACAAUCGAGUUCUAUACGCUCACCAGUCGAGAGCUGCAGCGCCUUGGCGGCGUGGCCCCAUGGCGCAACUCGAACGUGGUUGCCGAUCAAGCGAACGGGUCUGUUUCCGAGUUUGUAGACACCAAACUGGGGCUGUUCCCUGCCCCGAUCGACUACAACGCAGUGUCGACUCGAGAAAGCGAGGCUCUGUUGACGCUGUUUAGGCAUCUUGGCACCUUUGUGGCCAAGGCUCUUCUGGACAACCGCAUGAUCGAUCUCCCCCUCAGCCCGAUCUUCCUUGAGAUGGCUGCAGCGGCGACUCACCACCUGCUUGAUUCUGCCGCGCAGCACGUCGAUACAGCCCUGUAUGCGUCCCUGCUGGAUCUUCGCAAGUACGCCGAGGCGCGGAAGCGCAUUCAGCUGCGCUCAGAUGUCAGCGACGAACAAAAGCGCACGAUGAUAUCCCAAGCUCGGGUCCGAGAAGCUCUCCUCAGCGACCUCGGGCUCGACUUUACUCUGCCCGGAUACCCCGAGAUCGAACUCUGCCCCAGUGGCUCGGCUGUUGCCGUCGAUAUGGAGAACAUAGAUGACUACAUAGAGCAGGUCGUCGAGUACACGGCCGGCAAGGGCGUCCGACAACAAAUCGAAGCGUUCCGCCAGGGCUUUGUGAAGGUGUUCCCGAUCACCGAUCUACGGGCCUUUACGGUGCAGGAGCUGGGACUGUUGAUUGGCGGCGCCGAAAACGAGGACUGGUCCUACGAUGCCAUCUACGAUGCACUCAAGGCAGACCACGGCUACUCGAAAGAGUCCAAGACCAUCGCGCACUUGUGCCAGAUCAUGAGCGAGUACUCCCUGGCCGAAAGGCGCGAGUUUAUGCAAUUUGUAACGGGAUCGCCCAAGCUGCCGGUUGGUGGAUUCAAGGCGCUGAGCCCACCGCUGACAGUGGUGCGCAAAACCGUCGAAGAGCACGACAGGCAGCCGGACGACUAUCUUCCGAGCGUCAUGACGUGCGUCAACUACCUCAAGGUCCCAGACUACACAAGCAAGAGCGUGAUGAAGAGCCGCUUCGAGGUCGCUGUGAAGGAAGGACAGGGCUGCUUCCACUUGUCCUGA